AUGGACAUUGAAGGAGCUUUCGACAAUGUAACAUACGGAGCAAUGGUCGGGGAGUUUGUGAGCGUGGACUCGAGCAAUCUCUGUGUAGAUGGACAGAGUCUAUGCUUAACUCAAGACGCACCGCUGAAAAUUGGCUCUCCUCACCUGGGAGUGUCGAGUACGGUCAAGUAUUUAGGACUGACACUUGACUCCAAGCUGACGUGGAACAACCACCUGAAUAACGCGCUGCAUAAGGCCAAAUGGGCGCUCAUGACGUCCAGUAGGUUUGCAGGAACCACCUGGGGAAUUAAACCCCACAUAGCACUCUGGCUAUACGAGGCUGUGGUCAGGCCUCAGAUUACCUAUGGUUCACUAGUCUGGUGGACAAUGGUGAAUCAGAUAACUGUCAUAGCCAAGCUAGAAAGCAUGCAAAGGCUCGGCACGCUACAGGCCACUGGAGCCUUCAGGAGCAGUCCAUCAGCUACUCUAGAAGUCGCUCUUGGGCUGCUACCACUGGACAUCUUCAUCAGAUCUGAGGCCCUCAAGGCAGCUUACCGUAUGAGGGUUUUAAAUCUGUGGAGGGAACGCCUGUCAGGGGCAGGCCACUGCGCCAUUGCUAAGACUUUGGCUGAGUGUGCUGUGCUUGACAUGACCUCGGACUUCCUAAGCAAGGAAGCAGUUUUCACCAAACCCUUUAAUGUUGAAUUCCGCUCCAGAGAUGAGUGGAAACAUCAGGAAUGGCAUCUCCAAGAUAUGGAGAGCUUCGUCUGGUACACAGACGGCUCCCUAAUCGAUGGAAAAUCUGGUUUUGGGGUUUACUGUCGAUCACCUAGAACAGAACUAUCAGGAAGUCUGGGACAAUACUAUACCAUCUUCCAGGCAGAAAUCUAUGGCAUCUUGGCUUGUGCCAAUCUAGGACUAGCCAGACGGUACCAAGACAAAAUGAUAGUGAUUUUAUCUGAUUGUCAGGCUGCUCUCAAAGCUCUUGACUCAAAUGAAGUCACCACAAAACUGGUCUGGGAGUGUUUCAACACCCUCUGCAGACUUGCAUCACAGAACUCUGUAACUCUCGGCUGGGUCCCAGGCCAUGUAGGCAUUGGCGGCAACGAGAGUGCAGACAAGCUGGCAAAAAAAGAACCUAGCACCCCCUUCACUCGCUGGCUGCUAAAGCUGGGGGGAGGGCAGGUCAAGCAGGUACUUGCUCUUAUCACUGGACACGGCCAUUUCAGGAAACAUCUCCACACUCUAGGAAUUGUCAAUGACAAGCAGGAGUGUCGACUUUGUAACCAGUCCGAUGAGACUGCAAAACACAUCAUUCUGGACUGCGAUGGACUACGGGCUAGGAGAAGGGCUCUGUUUGGUCUAAAGCAGCCAGGUGAUGAACCAGACGCUAACAUUGGGCAAAAGCUCCUGCACCUAGUUAGGGACACAGGUAUAGGCUUACUCAGUUAG